AUGGCGAUGGAUAAGCGCGACGAACUGGAGGUAAUUACCUCUAGUAUACCCUCAACUCCGCCCAAUGAGAUCAAUCGCAAGCAUUCAGAAAAUGAAUAUAACGCCAAACUCGAGAAAAGAGUGAUACGAAAGAUAGAUUUCUGGCUCGUUGGGUUUUACUCGAUUGUAUACAUUUUCCGUGUCAUUGAUUCCAACAACUACUCCAACGCCGCCAUCAUCAAUCUGGAAGCCGGUACUGGAAUCAAGAAAGAGCUCAAUUUCAGCUCCUCACAAUGGGCCUGGACACAAUCCAUCUUCUCCUACAGCUACCUCUUUUUCGAGCCCACCAACACCAUCCUUCUGAAAAGAGUCACGCCCUCGAGAUGGAUGUUCGUCUUGAUCUUGUCCUGGGGUAUCUGCGCCUGCGCUGCUGGUGCCGCACAGGAUUUCCCCGGGAUGAUGUGUGUUCGGUUCGCAAUUGGAAUGGCCGAAGCCGGGUUCUACCCUUCUGUGCUCUACCACAUGGCAUUCUGGUACAAGCCGUCUGAGCUGCGCUGGAGAAUAGCUCUUUUCUACUCUCUUGGUCAGGUGUCUGGCGCAUUGAGUGGGCUACUGGCAUAUGCCAUUAGCUAUAUGGAUGGAGCUGGUGGGCUAUCAGGCUGGCGAUGGCUGUUUGUCAUCGAAGGCCUUCCAGCAAUCGUGUUGUCUGUGGUGGCGUUAUUUGGUCUUCCGGACUACCCUGAGACUGCCCGCAUGUUGACAGAAGAGGAGAGAACUUUCAUUAAGGGCCGUCUAUCUUCUUCAGCACCCUCUGGCAAAGACAAAAGCUGGAGCUGGGACGAUGUUAAAGCAUUACUCUCAAGUCCAACGCUGUACACAUUCACGAUUUACUGGAUUGGGCAUGGUAUUGGCGGAUUUGGAGUGAAUUACGCCUUGCCCACCGUUAUCUACGAGCUUGGAUUUACUACGACCGCCUUAUCACAGCUGAUGAAUAUUCCUCCUUAUGUCGCAUGUUUUUUCUUCCUGAAUACUCUCGGGUAUCUACUUCACAAAGGAUGGAUCAGGCCCUGGACCACCGCUGUCGCAAUUGAAAGCACGAUAAUCAUCUGCUACAUCAUUCUGAUUACGGUUCCAAACUCAGUCGUCAAAUAUGUCGCGUUGGUUGUAGCUACCGCUUGUGCCGGAUCUGCAUACCCUGUCAUCUGGCCAGAACGUAUUCGUGCGCUUGAGGGCACAGUGGCCGUGGGGAUUGGUAUUGGACUGACGAAUGCUAUGGCUCAGUUUAGUGGCAUCGCCGGGCCUCAUGUAUACAGUACGGUGUUUGGACCGACGUACCAAGUGUCAUACGUUAUAUGUCUUUGCUUCCUGUGUGCGGCUAUAUCUGGCAUUCUAGCUUCGUGGUGGCUUGUCUGGCGGAAGGAUCGAAAGAAUGAAUUAGACGCUGGGCUUGAACAAGAUGCAUGA